GUCAUUAUGUGGGCGGCGGUGUACACCCUCUGGUAUCAUCCGAUGGAAAACACGCUGGGUCACGUGAUGGGGUUUAUGAACACCUGGAUCUUCAUGUUGCAGGGUGGCCUGGUCUACACAGACAUGCACCUCAAUAAAUAUUGGCGCUUUGUGCUGGAGACCUGGGUGGCGGUGCACGGGGCCAUCGUGGCCUACCAGACAGGAGGGCCUACAGGGUACUGGCCCAUGUUCACUUUCGGUUUCAGCGCCCUCGUGGUCUUCACCCAGUUGUUCACACUGCCAUUCUGGAAGCAACUCCCCACAUGGACACGUUACGUCCCUGCCUUGGUCUACCUCGCCAUCACCCUCCACACCUACAGCAGUCUGCCUGAUGAGAACGGCCGGCUAUGGACCAGGCUAUGGGAACCCAUCGUUAUUCCACUCAACCAGUACUUCUUUGCACUGGCCAUAUGUGGUCUUGUGACCCUAUGUCUUAACAUUGAGAGCAAAUUUAACGCUUCUUUCAUACACAAGAGCUUGGUUCAAGUAGAGUAUGUUGGUUGCAUCAUUGGAUUUCUUCUGUUGUACCUAGCUAAGGUUGUUUUUUCAUGGGCCUACCAGUACUAUGAUGCACAGCUACCGGGGAACCCAAUGGUCUAUUUUGUAGGUGUUUUCACCCCCAGUGCUAUUGUUGCCAGCUUUUUUAUUAAGCGUUUGGUUGAAGGCAAGGUUUGAGCCAUUGAAUUAUUAAAUGGAAUAUUCUAGGUGUUCAAUAUAUCCAAGUUCCCAAACAGAAUAGCAGAGACUGUAUAAAGUGUAUAAUAAAAAUCGGAGCGAACUACUAUCCAGAUGGUACCCAAGCUACUGUCCAUUUUGAUCAACUUCAAGUCCUUUGAGUGACCACUAUACAAAGGUCUGACUGCAGGGCUCGAAAUACCACCUGCAUAUGCAGGAUAGUGCAGGUAAAAUUGGAGCUGUGCAGGUAUUUCUGGUGUCUA